CACAUCCCCUCCUCUCACCACCUAACUUACUCUUUUGCCUUUGUUUUCUUCUCUUUGUUUUCUUCCAUUCCUCAAUCCGUCAUGGAUCCUCAACAACAGCCAGCUAAUGAAGAUGCUAGUGGCGGCAGUUGCAAAGGUGGAAGCUUUCUUUGCAGGCAAAGCAGUACACGGUGGACUCCCACCACUGACCAGAUUAGAAUACUCAAGGAACUUUACUACAACAAUGGAGUGAGGUCCCCAAGUGCAGAACAGAUACAGAAGAUCUCUGCUAGGCUGAGACAGUACGGUAAGAUUGAAGGCAAGAAUGUGUUUUAUUGGUUUCAGAACCACAAAGCUCGUGAGAGACAGAAGAAAAGAUUCACCACUUCCUCUGAUGUCCCCAUGCAAAGAUCCUCUGUUGCAAAUGCUUCAUGGAAACCUGAGGAUCCCCUUAUUCAUUCAAACAAGUCUCCCAGCAUAAAUCAUACCGGGUAUUCUCUUGCAUCUUCUUCCUCAGCUGGUGUCCUUCCCGUGGGACAGAUGGGAAAUUAUGGGUAUGGAUCUGGGACCAUGGAGAAGAGUUUUAGGGAUUGUUCAAUAUCAUCAAGUGGAGGUAAUACUAAUGAAGUGUCCAUCAGCCAUGGAUGGGUCGGGAUCGAUCCGUACUAUUCCUCCUGCAGCUUUUUUGAGAAGAGAAAAUCACUGCAUGGAGCCCUGGAUGAAGAACAAGAAGAUGAAGAAGAAGACGAAGAAGAAGAAGAAGAAGAAGAAGGUGGUCCGCAGAUUGAAACCCUCCCUCUGUUCCCCAUCCGGGGUGAAGGUAUGAAUGGGUUUUGCAACGUCAAGUCCGACCCUGACAGCUGCUGCGGCUACUCUGGCAGCUGGUACAGGGCUGGUGACGGCAACAAUGGUUCUCGUGCUUCACUUGAGCUCAGCCUCAACUCCUACAGAUCACAUGAUUCCAUCUGAAAAUCCCCUCUCGUAAUUAAUUACUAUAUUUUAUGUCUGUUAGAAUUAGUUACUAAUUAUGGCUUUAAUCAAUGUCCUAAAGUUAAUGGUUUAGUGUAAGUGCAAAGCUGUUCUGAACUUGACGUGUGUCAUGCAAUGAACUUAAUAUGGUUGG